UAGAUAAUUAUGAGAAAAUAAGCUAUAACGGUUUGAGAGCCUUGCAUCUUUGAAAGCAUUGUUGUUAUUGAUAGCAGCUGAGACUAAAUUUAAAUCCCACAUUGGAAUCUGAAGCAAAAUACUCAAAUGGACAAUACAUAUAUUCUAAAUGGAGCCUGGAUGGAAAUCGUGUUUUUUUGUUCUUUUUUUUUUGCUUUUAUUUUACAAUUUUUCUGCCACUACAUAAUAACCUCAAACAAUACCAGUCAAAAUCAAUACACUGCACACUAUAAUGUAUUUGGUCCUCUGCCAGCACUGCAGCAUGGCACUGCUAGUUAUUCAACAGCUUGUUCCCCUUGCCAAGUCAUAGCACAGGCAUUCACUGGUAGAGACUGCCCAACCGUCCUUAUUGUGUCCAUUUUUUCUUUGUGUUUACUCUUAGAGCUAAAACAAAAGUUAAAUUACCCGUAUCCUCCUAGAUGUGAGACAAAAAACAAAAAAUUAGUGUUUAAACCUUCUCCUUUUACCUACAGUUGUAGCUUUUUUCUUUUUUCUUUUUGCACCCACAGUAACAAGUUCAAUAAUUUUCUGUGGUGUUAUUUAGCCCUCAUUGACUCAUUGAUUUUUCUACAUUCUAUUAUUGGUAUGUAGAAUUUAUAUACAGUAAAUUAUAAACGUUAGCUGUAGUUUUAUAUAUAGUUAGUUACUGUUGUAACUGCAAAACAAAAACAAAUUACACUCAUAACAUGAGUACAUUAGUACUACAAUCGCAACUUAAAUCACAUCUGCACCAUGAUCGCUUGAGAGGGAUAAGGAGAGAAAGCGGAUGUGUUGAGGGUGAACCCAUGCUGUGGGAUGUCAUUAUUUUCUUGGUAAUAGAGCAUAUCCCCAUGCCAUCACGGGAAAGAAUGCCAGGCUGCAGUAUUCAUGUGACAGUAACAUGCAUUAACCUGCCUCCAGAUUUAAUUGCUCAUUAACUGAAUGUGCCAGAUUGUCCAGAUUGUUCCAACCCCUUUUAACCUUUGAUUUCAAGUGUCUGAUAACCAAAUGUGCUUUUUUAAGCAUGUUAUUUAAUAUUAUGUUUAUAUGCUUAAAAAUAUGCAUAUAAACAUAUAUGUUUUAAAGGCCUAGUAUUAGACAGGUUUUACUGCUGAGUUCAGACACUCAGCUGAAUACUGAAUAAUAACUAAACAAACUGAGGUUGGAUGCUUUUUCUUUCUGAAGGAUUUGAUCGGUAUUUACAGAGUGAAAUCCUUUUAAAAUAUAUUUAUCAGAAAUCAUCAGUUGUGGCAAACUGAUGACUGUCAAAAAAAGUGUGAUUACCAUUAAAGACACUAAAAGCUCCUAAGACCUUCUGAUCUAAUCUAAUCUGCAGAAGCACUACACUACAAGUGCUGAAACAUUGCAACAGCUGAGACUGAAAGAACAAUAGACAAGUAGAGAUGGUUGGAGGGUCAUCUUGGGAUGUAAAACCCUUGAGUGUUUACUCUCAGGGGUACCAAGUAAUGUGCCAGCUUGCCAUCCAAGGCUAAUGUUGGGUAAGAUUCAUACAGACACCCAAUUGUUCCCAUCAUGUCGCCUGCCAUCCCCCUAAGAUGACUUGGCAAUUCCGUUGAGGCAGACAAAACCAGAUUAAGGACUAGAAAAGUUUUGCUGUCCUUCACAUACAGAGGGUGUACUAUGUGUAGUGAUAUUGCCAAAUGUUGCAGAAAAGUUGGUGCUGUAAGCUGACGUUUAAGAACAUUUAAUCAAAAGGGAUUAUAGCGAACUGAGACUUAAGUAUUUAAUGCAACCCCCAUUUCACAAUUUCUUUUGUUGUAUUUUGGGGUGCUGCACAAAUCUGAGACAGGUUGUUUGUUUACCUCCUUUUCAGUGGAGUUUAUGUCUGGAAAGUGUUUAGAGCAUUCCACAGUUGACAUUUUAAUUCCAAGUCAGCACAGUGUAGAUAUGACUAUCUCCUCCAGAGUUUUGAGGAACCAGCUAUAGUUUAAAAAAAAGGCUUAAAUUGUCAAAUCAUCAAUUUUAUCAUGACACUGCAUCAAACUGGGUGUUCACAUUGGUAUCCUAGACUUGUAGAUAUCUAUAGAUUUAGUGGUUGCAUGCUACUUCAGGUUUAAGAUGUUCAGUGCUUCUUAAUUAUGUGGUGUGUCUUUAUAAAAUAAACUCAAAAAUGUAGGUAACUUGAAGGCCUUGCUAUACAAACCAGUAGCCUUCAACAUGUUCCAGCAGUGUAGUGCUCCUAUGUCAUUCAAGCUUGUCACCCCCAUUGCUCCUACAUACAAGCACAUAACCUCUGUCAGGUAUCUUACAUCAGUAUGCUGUGAAGUCAUUAUUGAAGCCUGAAAUCUAAUUUUCCAGUAGGCAUGUAAGUCACCAAGAGGGACAGGUCAGUGCAUUGGACUGAAUAAACAGCAGCACAGAGAUGUUGAAUCUCCCUAUCCCAUAUCUCCAUAUCCCCCCAAAGCCUUCUCCGAGCCUUAGUGCAUUCUGCUGUUGCUUCAUUGACCCGCCAGCUGCAUUUUGCCUUACCUCCCCCCGCUCCCAGAACCACAUACAGCACAGCAUCUGCCUCCCAGGAUUUCUACAAUUGUUUUGCAAGCUGUGUUGCACACAAGUUGAGCCCUCCCAUCCAGCAUCUACAGUACAAACAGUACCAGUUUUUAGAAUUACAAAAAAGGAAAGAAGGAAAUGUUAAAACUUAGUACCGUUUUACCUUCCAUUAUUCAACUAGAAUCCAUCCACUUUUGUUUACUAUUUGCAGAGGGCUUAGUCAUUCAUCGUAUGUGAAUGAGGUUAAUAAAGAUUCAGUGCUCCUCCACUAAUAAUAGCUUACAUUACUUUUUGUUAAUGCAGGAAGUGGGACAUGACCUCACCACUCUCUCACCGCCUGUUUUUUCUGUAUCUGAACAGGAGUAGCAAAAGCUGUAACUGUUUGCAUUAACGGAGGUUGGUAGUACAUUGAUAAAUAUCCAAUCGGCUAGUUUUUUUGUGUACAAGUGGGCACUGUUUGCAGCCAAAUCAACUGAGAGGCACCGCCUGUGUAUUGUAAUAACAUGAGUGCUUCUUCGGUGUAUGAUGAAUAGUAGGUAUGAUGAGUGUACGCUUUGCUUGUCCCUAUUGAUGUGUGUGAGUAGGAUGUCACAGGCCACAGAAUGAUGUAAUGGGUAGCAAUCACAUAGACAGUGAGGCAGUCCAUCAGCAGCACUGAACAUCACACAUAAACCAUCACCACAUCAGGCCAGUCCAACAAAACAUCCCUUCCCUAAUCUUGUGCUACGACUGCCAAAGCGUUGGUUAAUAUGUUAUAAUCUCCUGAUGUUAUCUCCACAGUUGCAAACACACACAUUGACCCAGGAUGAUGGUGCAUGUCGCAGGUCAUGCUAAGAUUCUCCAGUGGCCUUUUCCCCAUGGUCUGUGCUACAAAUAUGAUUCAGCAGUACUAAGAGACUUCUUAUUAAUAUAAGAGCAUGUUGAGUGAAGUCAGGCCAGCAUGUCACUGCUACCAAAGCAGCUGAUUCUUGACUAUCAAAUGUCAGUGUCUCAGCGAGUUUUACCUACAGUUAUGCAACAUACGCAUAGUGGUGCAGGGAAAUAGUCUAAUUUAUAGUUCUUAGAAAACAAUACCUUGGGAAAAAUUGGGAACAGCUAAUUAUUAGUGUAGCUUUAGCACACAUAAGUUUGUCCUUUAUUAUUUAACACAUUUUUUCUGAUUCUUUAGAACAAUUCACACUUAAAAAAACAUGCUAUCACCCUUAAAUCUGCUUUAUUUUGACACUUUUGUUCAGGUUUAAAGGUUGCUAAAAACUCCUUACUUGACCACUCAGCAUGUAAUGUAAAAAAUCUUGUCUGAAGACUUUGGUAUGAUUCUCCAAAUCGAAUUCUGUUCUUUAAUAUAUGCCUGCUUCAGACCACAGAGCACCACUGCUGCUUUAGUGUUUUGUUUUGUUCCAUCUUUUCUGUGUAGGGUUCCUCCCACCAGUAUAUGUCAAACACUAGCCCACUGCCAUUCAUUUUCAUUAUGCUUACAUUGAUUUUUCUAUGUGCUAACUUCACUAACAGGAAUGGGGGUAUGGAACUGAAAGCUGAGAGACUCUGUGUUGGAUAGGGAACAUGACCUAUUUACCCACCCACUUCCAUCAGUUGACUCAUGUCCCCUGUCAUGUCAUUUUCAGCUUAGUCAAUCUGUUCCUUCUAACGCUUUUAAGUAAACUGAAAAAAAUCCAUCCUAAUCUGACACCGUGCAAUCACACUGGCAUGUUCACAUACAUUCGGAUCUUUUGUAAACACUAUCAUAAUUUUAAUAAUAAUUGGGAUGCCAUAUACAGUACAACCACUCAUCACUUACUGUAUGCACGACAAGAGCCAUUCUUUUGAUCUUUCCUGUCUAUGAACCUUAAUGAGGCUUCAUGACACGCCACUGCACCGCAGCUUCCCCCCAGGGAAAUGAAAAACCAAGACCUUUCAUGAGGACAUGUAUCAGGUGCAUUAGAAACCCAGAGUGCGUGGCCAGACUAAAUUGAGCUUCAUAUUGUUCACAUCCAGUUCGCUGCACUGCACAUUUGACCUCAUUGCAUAAUGUUCAGUUAUUCUUGAUGCCAGUUAGUGGGGUUUUCUAAGGACAGAGACCUGAUUAAUGCUAAAAAAUCUCCUUGCAGGCAAAUUGACAGAUAGUGAAAUAAAAGAGUUCCUUAAUAACUUCUGGAAAAAAAGUGCAAAGAAGGUGGGAGUGUACAUUGAAAAUGGUAUACACAGAGCUGUGAAGGAAGCAAAAGAAAAGAGGGACGUAUAAACACAAAACACAGUUACAAAAUAAAACUCAAACUUAUAAAAACAGAGACAAGUUGCCACAAAAUGACAAAGAUACAGACAAUUAUCAGUGUUCUUCCUUAUUAAAAAACACAAGACAAGAAAACAUUUUUAUCUCAAGUAAGAGUUAAUCUUUUAAUUUACAAAUCGCGACACGAUAUUAAGUGUAAGUGUAGUUUUAGCUUAAUCAAUAGAAAUGUUUUUGCUUUCAUCAUCUUUUUUUAGACAGAGCCCAUCCUUCAAGAAAAUAAAUGUGUCUAAAGUUAGCAACUCUUAAAAGAAGGAAGCAUGACCUUGAGCUCUGCCAGACUCUGAGCUUUUCUUUGUGUCUCCAUCAGUAAGCAGACAGUUUAAGCCAGCCGGUGUCUGAGAUGAUGCUUUUAAUCAUACUCCAUACUCAUCCUUGAUGUGUCGUACUGGAGAAAAAACUAUGUAGGACAACAUCACUUCACUUACAGUAUUCUGGGACUAAGACUGCUCCUACUUGAUGGGGUAUAAUUAGCAUGAAGCUUUUUAUACAAACUUUCAGAAGCUCUGCAACAUACAUCCUCAAGUUCUCUAUAUCCUCUUUCAGACACGCGCUACUCUCUAUUGAUCGGCUAAAAAAUGUCUUGGUUGGUUUCAUAUCUCAAUGAGCACCAUGGUCACUGUUCCAUAGAAAUAGCAGUUAAUGAUAUAUUUAUGUUCAUCCAACAUGUAGUAUGAAAGCUGUAAAUCUCGUGCUCUAUAAGUCACUUUAUGUAAUGUGCAAUUUUGCUUAUUUGGGAAAUAUCAUGUAUGUACAGUACGGUGGCUUACCCAUCACUUUAGAAGACGAGUGAAGCCACUAAUAUUGCAUAUCCCAUGUUUGAUACCAGAUGUCCCUCUUCACUUUGACAGGAGCCCAUUUUCAGGGUACUGAAGGGGAGAUUAGCUGAAAGAAAAUCAAAGUGUUUUAGUCAUUUAUUUUCUUUCCAUCUUCUCGUAGCUGUCUCAUCAUGAUGGAUAUUGCCCAAGGGCUUCGACUGACUUAUCUAGCUAUGAUUCACCCAUGUGACUGUUCAACCAUCCGUUUUGGCAAGGGAGCAUCUCCUGCACUUGAUUCCCUCCUCCAGCUAACUCCUGUUGUGAUGCUGGCAAGGACAGAUGCUGGAUUUUGUUCUGAUAACAGGCAUUUAGAGACUCCUAUUAGUUUUGGCCAGCUAGAAGUAUAUUCAAGUUGAUGCACAUCUAAAUCAUGGUGUAUAAUCUUUUCUUCCUAGUACCCUGCCUUAAAUGGCCAACUGAAAAGCAAUGUGGAGUUAAGUAUUAAUGAAAGAAAAAAAAAGACUUAAAAAUAAUAUAUGGUAUUUUAUAUUAAUCUAAGCCUGUGAUUUGCUAUGAACUUGGUCCUCCACAUUCCUCUGGAGCUAAACUUUAUUUCAUAUAACCUGACCUGAGUGCAGUUUAUUAAAUGAUUAUUGUAUUAUAGCUUUAUUUUUGUAAGAACAGUUUCUGCAGUUUUAACAUUCACAGUCACAUUGCUUAGGACUCCGUACACAGCAAUCUGUCACUGAAGCUUUUAAGAACCUCUCCUUUGCCUCCGGCAGAGUUAGUUAUGAUUCAGCCAUAAUUCACGUGGGACCUGAAAACUGCAGGGUCAUGCAAUGCAUGACUCAUCUACAUACACUGCACAAAUAUGUGCCAGCGUAAAACAUAGAUGCUACAUUUCAAUUUACAUUUUUCAUACAUCCUACUUUUCUGCAAACCUGCUUAGAGCACCUUGAGGGUCAAAUAAGGCAUGCCAGAGCUGGUUAAUGAGUUUUUUUAUUGGCAUGAUUGAACUCUAAGGUCUUCAGGGUCUGUGACUUGGAGAUUUUUUAGCAAAUCAUCAGCAAUCAUCCUCAUCUUUGAAGUCUGAAAAGAAGUAAGGGUAAGAGGACAAGAAAACAUGUAAAUAUGAAACGAUCAGCUAAAGAGACUACCAAUGUGCUGAAAUAAUGAGGGAACAUUUGCCCCAUUAGUCAUCCAGAGCAGGAUGCUGCUAUUUCUUACACCAUGACAGAGAUUUUGCCACAUCAUUACAGCCUAGGAACCUUUACACACAUAUUGUACACACAUAUGCUCAGACUGGAACAGAGGCAUGUGCUCACAUUUUGAGGCACAAUAGGAGCAAAGGUCAGAGAACAUGAAAGCCCAGAGUAUGCUCCCAGCGAAAGCUGUCACUUGUUAAUUUGUCUAAAUGUAAAUUAACAAGUGACAGCUACAGUCAGAGAUGUUUAAACAGAUCCAACAGUGUAUUCUUUGUAUUAUUCUGUGUUUUUUCUUUUGUGAAGUAUAUCAAACAUCUGUAAAGGACAUGUUAUGUCUAAACAAACAUAUAUUUGAAUGAAAGGCUGUAAUUGACUCUAAACAUAGAAUAUUUCUUCUCUACAAAUCAGACAACUAAAUGAGUUAAACACUAACACUUAAAAAGCAGAAAGAUGGCCUAAUCUCUGUGCUGUACCAUCACAAUGGCAGCAUUUGUUAUAUUCAAUAGUUAAUAUAAUUUAAAUACUUAAUUAAAUAACAACACAAAUAUCAAUGUCAUAUUAUUUGAAAAUCACAAUUACAAUCUUUGUCUAAUUUUACCCCUCACGUUUAGCUGCAAAUUUUCAGAAUGCAAAUAAACAUCUAAAUGAUGGCAAUUACCCAGGAGUGAAUCUCCACAUCUAUCUGUAUUGCUAUCAAACAAACAGGCACAAAGUGUCUGGCAGAGUGCUCAGGUCCUAUGUCUCACUGCCAUAUUUAGCUUCCAUUGAUAUACGAAUUAGAAUUAUUUUCCUGUCACUUGGGUACAAAAAAGCUUAGUAGUCAUCUGUGUGAGAAGAAAUAUGGCAGCGCUAAUCAGCAGAUAAAGACUUUGAAGAUGGUUGUUGUACAAAAGGGGAGAGGUUAGCUGACAAAUGCCAGGCAUUCCGUCUGUUCCUAAUUAGCUUUAGCAUUUAAAAGAGAGGUGGAGAUGGAACUGGUGAUUUAAUGAGAAGCAGACUUGGAAAAAGCUCAGAGAUGAUCUUCUUAAUGCCUUUUAGAUGUUUAAAAAUAUAUAUUUUAUCGUAUUUUCACUCCAACUAAAAACAAACAUACCUUGUCAAUUAAUGUAAAUUACUUAAAGACAGCGAAAAAGGUGCUUGGGUCUAUAAAUAUUUGGACUACGACACCAUUUUAAUAAUUCUAACUGCGGUGCAAACUUUUUUAAAUUGCAUCAGCUGUUUAGGCAUUACAUCCACUGUGGAAAUGUUUUAGCAUAUAAGCUUGUGAAAAAAUAGAUAUUGGUUCCCAUGGUGGGGCUCUAGACAUGAUCCUGAAUCAUCCACGGGAAGGAAUAAUAGAUUGUCCUCUAGUUUCAGUCUACCGACUCCUUGGUUUCAUACAGUGAGCACAGCCCUCUGGUUCAGAAAGAGUUGGAGAGAUCACGCGAUUAUUGCUAUGGGUCUGCCAGUCACCCAUGACUGACUUGUAGAACCAUGCUCUACUGAAACAUUGAGUGAAUGAUAGUUUUCUGUAAAACCCAACCCCCAUUCUCUCGCUCACUGUCUCUCUUUCACACACAGGCACACGCACACACACACACACACACACACACACCCUAUUACGUAUGUGCGGUCUCCAUGGCAAUGCGUGGUAUCACUAUGGCACUGGUGGCCUAGCAUGCUGCAAGCUGCUGUUGGAGUGGAGUGACUGUUACCCACACGCACGCAAAGAGCAGAAAGCCAGGAGAAUGUUGCCAAAGAGCUAAAUGAUUAGAGCAGCAACCCUCUGAGCUUAUGAGACUGUUCUUGUCUCCCUUAUAAUGUUUCACUUAAUCCCCUCGCGCUGUACAAAAAGGUUAAAUAUCCUCUUAUUGCCAUUUGAAAUGGUGCGUGAAGAUAACAAUUUACUUUGACAUUAAAUAUCUUUAUACAGUCAGUAGCACAUCGUACCAUGCAACUUUGCCCACUAUUAAACACCACUGGCAAGGUUAACCGCUGUAGUUUUUUCAGUGUUUGCCCUUGGAGGCCAAUUUUCUUUCACAAUUUGAAAAAAUGAUUAAGAGCUAGGUGUUAUCAUGACAGCCUUGGGUUAUUAAAAAGAUGAGAUAGCUUUAAUUGUUGGGUGAUAUUUAAUAAUAUAAAGGUUAACACAGCACUCAACCUUGGGAAUACACACGCUAUCUUCUAGUUUUCCUCUGAUGUUUAACCCUUUUUUGCCAGAGAUGAUGGAGCACUAGGGUUACCCUUUGGGUUUCUUUUGUGGUUGCUGGACAGUUACAUGUAUACACAGGACAAACAUUCUUUCCCCCCCAAGUCCUGGCUUUUAAACAUCUUUUAUAGUUUAAAUGUGUCUGCAUUAUAAGUAAAGAUAAUGUAGAUAUUAAUGUAAACAUUUACGUAUAUUACAGAAAAUUAAAGGAAAUGGGGAAAAAGUAUGCUGUAUGUUUUCUGUUCUAAGAUUCUGGUGCAGGCAGACUACCCUAUAGACUCUGCAUUACUACAGUUGUGACAGAUGCUAUCAAAGUUGUAUGUUUUUAGCUAUUUUAAGCUAUUUUCUCAGUCUUCCUUUGUGUAUGAAUGCAUGUGUGUGGGCAAAGCAGAGGCAAGGUGCCCCAGGGAGGUUACAGUAGACUGGCAUUCUGGGGCACUACAAUAAUUAAUGCACCCAGGGCAUACUGCUACACAAGCAUCCAAACACACACACAGACAGACAGCUUCUGUGUUUGUGUGUGCCCUUGUGUUUUACUGACUUGUCUUAUUUACUGUGUCUAUAGGUGUUGUUUACAGAGGUCACUCUGUUUCUUUCUGUUGUUGAGAAAGGAACAGAUUUUGCAUUUGGACAAAAGCCAGAGAUUGCUGUGUUAUCGCCAAUCUGUUGAUUUUAUGACAGCAUAAUUCAUGAGAGCAAGACUUCAAAUGAGCACAGUACAGCUAUAUUGCACUUUUGUCCUACAAAAAAAAUAUUUAUAUAUAUAUACAAAGACAAAAGUGGAGUAGAGGUAUGUUUUAUUCUGAAACAUCUUCACAAACAAAAAUGAUGGAUUCAAGAUUUAAAGAAGCAUUAUAAAAUAUAACUUUAUUUUAUUGUUAGCAUUGUUUAUUGUGCCACUGCACAUCCCCACACCCAAUCCCACCUUUCCUUCAUAGAAGGGCUGCUACAAAGAUAAGCACUACAGCAAGAGGGACCUUCUUUGUAUCUCGUGUGCUUGUACACAGCAGCUCGACUCUCAUCACCUCACUCUGUCUUGCUAACUGUCAGUGAUAAAUCCAGUCAUCUCCAGAUUUGCAACACUGUUUGCUUGAGUGAUGGUCUGGCUUUAUCAAUAGUAGGACAACUGACGCAAAACGUGAGAUUAUUGGUGAAAGCUGCUGUUCUGUGUUUACCCAUGGGCAGAAUUAGAGGCUUUGGAUAGUACCAGAUGUGGGUAAUGUAUGCUGCAUUGUAUAAAUAAGAUUGGACAGAGUUUUAAUAUUCCCCUUUCCCACUGUGAUUAAGUUGUUUUUAUGGCACGUACAAUACUGUGCAUAUUAAUAUUCAGCAAAUCUCCUAAACAUACAGUAUAUUGUAACGUUUCACUUAUAAACUACUCCUAUUUAACUUGCAAGAGUCACAGACCAUGCCAAGUCCGAUCAGCUUAACUAGUUGCUUCAUUAUUUAGUUAGUCCUUUGUCGCGUACAGUAUUACAAAGUAAAAUAAGUAAAGUAAAGAUAAAAAUCACAAAAUGCUUCUUGACAACCACAGCAUAGCUACAGUAUGUUAAUACACAUUUUCAACAUAAAAUAUUUCUUGUCUGUAUCUGUAAUUCUGUUGUUUAAAAAGCUUAGCCUUUCAAGUGAGGAGGAAGGAAAUGAAAGGAAAUAUGAAAAGGUAUACAGAAUUGAUUACAACAGCCAAUAUUUGGUUUUGCAUUGCGAUAUUAAUCACAGUGAAAAUGUCCCCUACAGCUAGCAUACAUUAUGGUGCAAACUGCCACACAGAUAAUGACCCUCUAAAGGAUAUUUAUUACUGAUAUAAUAUGUUAAUAUUAUAAUUAUAUUUUGUUAGCAGUCCUAUACUGUUAGAACAUGCGAGGUUAAAGGUUAGUUUUGUCUCUAGACCAUUAUAUUGAGCUAUCUAUGAAGCACAUUGAAGAUGGUGAAUGGAAAAAUUAAAUACUUUCAACUCUCACCCCAUUUGAGCCCUUCUCUUGUAAAUCAGUAUAUUGUAACUGAGUGCGAACAAUUUACAGUUAUCUAUCAAAGCAAUCAAAGUGAUUACCUAAUAUGUAUUGUGCAAGUUUUCCUUCAUUUUCUCAAACAAUUCUCAAUCAAUCGGACGUGGACACAGGGUUGUGGGUUUACAGUGGUUUUUGGGCCUAGGACACAUCAGAUUCUUUGGGCUCUCUAGGUUGCAAGGUGGUGCCCCUGUGAAUCCAUCUUGUUCAGAAACGUCCAGACUAAGUUGGGAUCUGGGGGGUUUGGAGGCUGGAUCAAUUCCUCAAGUCGCUUCAGAGCUAUUUUUGUAGUGUGAUGGCACAUUUUCCAGUUGGGAGAGGCUGCUCCUGUCUGGGAGUGCUUUUAUCAUGGUGGGUGUGCUUAGUGUGCACGAAUGUUCUAGUGGGUGGUACGUGUCAAACUCACUAAUAUCCAUGUGAAUUAUGGUAUCCAAGCUUUUUUAGCAGACCACUGUAAUGUAACACGGUUAUAAUUGUUUCACUCCACCUCCCAGUAAAUAUAUAUUUUCUGAUUCAGGGCCCACAAAACCCCUGAAAUAUAUUUAUAUAUGAAUUUCAUUAGGGAAGACUUACUAUGAUUUUUUUUCAUUUAUUUGCACUCUUGACCUUGAUGAUUUGUUUGUUUCACCAUGUUGGUGUUAGGUAUUUCAUUUAACUAAAUAAUCUGUAGUAGCUAAAGGUGUAAUCUUACAAUAUUCCAUAUUGUUUGUAACAACAACAGUACAAGUCAGUUGUAGUGUGUUGAUUUUAAAUGUAACUAUACCUUAAGGAGAAAAAGGAGACAAUUACUGGCCCUUUAGUAAUAAUAGUUAUUUUAUUAAAAUAUGGGGGCACGUCUGGUAUAAUAGUAUAGACAUACUCCAUCUUAUUACAUUAUGGAUUUAAGUUUAGAUUAGAGCUUAAGUGUUUCUCUAUUACUGUAUACUAAAUUUAAAAUCACUUACAACGACAAAUGUAGGUUUUUCCCUUUAGGGUGCAUUGAUUGCCCCAUAGCCUGGCCACUUGCUCCAUCUAGUGUUAAGAAAGCGCACAUGGUCAGUCAGGGUACACUGCCCUCAUCACUCAGGUUGUAGUUCUCGUCACUCUGCUCUCGGUUUUAGGCCCGUCCGCGAUCAAGUCCCUUUUCACUGUAUUUUGCUGUACUUUGACUCAAAUUAAAUGGUAUAAUUAAACCAAUAGAGCAUGCUUCGUGGUUUGCACUGAGAGAAAUGUAUACUGCAAUAAUGAAUAACAAUCCCAUCUUAUAUUUGGUCAGCCUCAGUGUUACUGGGCAUUUUGAGAAAGGAACAGUUUCAAGGAACUGAGUGCAAAUACGGACAAAAUACACUUUGUCUAAUGUGUACUGUUGUCUCUGCUGAAUGCUUAUCGAUAUUUUUCCGUCGAAAGUAGACAGGCCUGUAUAACAGGUUUAGUCAAUGCAUUAUCGGAUCAUUUUACACAUUUCUUUGUAAUAUGAGAACAGUCUGCACUGCCCCAAGAAGGAAGUACAAGCUUCGCCUGCGUUUUUUUGUUCAUUUGUCUUCAAUCUGCUCCCCGCUCGUCCGACUUCCCCUCCGAGCGGAGCAAUACAUUGAACGUUUUUGGCGCACAAAAAAGACCUCUAAAUUAAUCUUUAAUGAGCUUUUUAGAAGUCAUAAUGGCCUGUCGCUAAUGUCCUAUAACGAUCUUCCUGUUGGUGGCCACGCCUCGAUGCUUUCUCUUUCACUACGCCUCUGACAGUUGUCUGACAAUGGUUUGAACUUUGCUGAAUAUAUCGUCUACUCGCCUUCACUUCACCACCCAAGGACUGCAAGUAUCCAAGUCACUGCUUUGGCUACGCUGUUGAGAAAAUAUGACUUUUCCCUUGAGAAAAUCAGUUUCAGAGCCCCAGCUGAAGGGGAUUGUGACGAAACUCUACAGUCGACAAGGUUUCCACCUGCAGUUGCAGGCAGAUGGAACCAUUGAUGGAACAAAGGAGGAGGACAAUGGUUACACCAUGUUCAACCUUAUUCCAGUGGGGCUACGAGUUGUGGCCAUCCAGGGGGUGCAGACCAAACUCUAUCUGGCUAUGAACAGUGAGGGCUUCCUGUACACAUCGGAACACUUUACACCAGAGUGCAAAUUCAAGGAGUCAGUGUUCGAGAACUAUUAUGUGACAUACUCCUCCAUGAUAUACCGGCAGCAGCAGUCGGGCAGGGGCUGGUACCUCGGUCUGAACAAGGAAGGAGAAAUCAUGAAGGGGAAUCAUGUCAAGAAGAACAAGCCAGCAGCCCACUUUCUUCCCAAACCUCUAAAAGUUGCAAUGUACAGAGAGCCAUCUCUCCACGACUUGACAGAGUUCUCCCGCUCUGGCAGUGGCACACCCACCAAGAGUCGGAGUGCCUCAGCAGUACUCAAUGGAGGGAAAGCUGUGAGCCAGAACGAAUCAACGUAGCCUGGUAGCCCAACCCAGGCCUCGGGCCGAACCGUGAAACCUUACCUCUAGCAGAGCAUGAAUCCAAGCAGACUUGUUUCUCCGAUCAGCGGUUCAGGACUAGCUAGGACAACAAAUCACACAUAAACAACCAGACACCGUCAAUCAAAAGCACCUAUCAUCCUGGUCGGUCAUCAUCAAAACAGUAUCAACAGUAAGAAACUUAACAGCACAUAGAUCAUUCUGGAAUUAAGGAACUGAUUAAAACGUUAUUUUUGGGCUUGAGGUUUAUUGACGACCUUAGACACUCUAUUUUUGUGAUGAUUGCAUACCAGUUAGCUCAUUUUUAUCUUAUUUUGGUAAUUACUUUACUGUGCACAGUAAGUUUUCUUCAUGCAGACACCAAGCCCGCGUGUAUCUGUUAGACAGGGACGGGAAGUUAGACAUGCAGGUGUUCAGGGCAGUCAGUAAUGGUGCUGGUCUACAAGGUUGCAGUGGUACCGUACAAGCCCUGAUCUCUGUCUCAUCCAUGCUUCUGUGAAUACAAAGCCUAUAAACUCCCUGGUAUGGUACAGCCUAGUGCUACUGAGACUGUGGCCAGCCAGAUGGUAGCUCUCCUGCGUCCUAGUGCACACGCUCAGAGACUGAGCUCUCUAGCAUGGGAAAAUGAAGCCUAUGUACAACUGACCUGAGAUAUAAGGGGCAGUGUGGCUCUCUUGCAGUUUUACCUUUUCCUUUAUUUUAUUUUUUUUAAAAAUUUGGAGAUGCCACAGCUGCACCUUAGUUUUUGCUAAUUUUCUGAAUUAGCUGUGAGAUUUUGUUUAAUAACUGAUUAUGUUCCUUCUUGUUCUCUUCCCUUGCCAUCGUUAAGCAUUUGCAUCUUUGUUCAUUAAUGAAAAAUGGUUCCAGCAAACCAAAGACAGAAAAAGAGUGUCCCUUUAAGCCGCUGAAAGCCAAGUCAGUAUAAAAGCAAAGCUGGAUCUUUUUGUUUUUUUAUUGUACAUUUUUGAUGAGAGAAAGCAAAGGUUUGUGAAAAAAGAAAAAAGAAAGGCAAAGGAAGUGAUUUUAACCACUUUGGAGUUGGCAGCGUGCUUGACGUGCUUUUUGAUGAUACACUCGAUGACUGAGGUAUGAAACGACUAUCCUGUGUCCCCAUUCCCUUCUGUUACCACAGUGUCACAAUGUCUCUAGCUCUUGUCCUCGUAAUCGGUUCCUCCCUUUGUGCUUGUGUCAUACUUCGAAACCCCAACCAUCCUUUUUUGUCGACUUCUAUUGACUGAUACACUUCACCAUAGGAUGGUGAAUGACCCUUCCCAGGAUGCUUGUUAUGUGUUUGAGUAACUUAUUGUGGUGACAAUAUUUUCUAUAUUUAAAAAAAAUACUGUGGACUUUUAGGUGGCUUAACAUUUUAUAGGACACGUCAUAUUUGUAAAAGUGAAGAAAAAAAAAGAUAAAGUCAUACAAAAAUGAACAUCUUCCCUUUCUUGCACUGGGCAUGUACAAACACAUAUGUACAAAAAGGACCCUUUUGUGGGCUAUGUACGCUUCCCUUCAGCUACAUAACUUCCUUCUGGUACAUGCUUCUGGGAGACUUUCUUUUCUUGGUUUCCUCUGGAGGUGGUCUUUAUUAGGUGAACCUAUCUGUUGCAUGGGAGAAGGCAGGGAAAUUCUGGUCUAGAGCUGCAUGAUGUAGGCUAUGUGUAUUAACCCAUGUUGGAUCAUGUGUUCCAAACUACCAGACAGAUACUCUGAUGAAACAACAUAUACAGGCAGACAUUGUGGCUGGCUGAUAACUUCCAGUUGUUUAUUAUUUGUUGUAUACACAAAAAUGCACUGAAUAAAAUAUUUAUAUUAAGAUAUACUUUUAAAAUGUGUCAGUCCUCUUCUUUGUUCAGUCGUUUACUUCAUUUAUUACACUCAUUAGCUAUUGCAGCCAUACAGAACACUAUAGAUUGUUACAAUUAAACAAUAAAUCUGUGUUUUAUUGUACCCAGAAAUACAUUCACCCUUGAGAAACUCUUGAACAUAAACUAAUUCCUGGCAUCUUUCUUGUCUGUGAACAUCAAUGUGUCAUACCUAGGUGGAAAAAGCCUUUAAUUGCCUCUGAGUGUUACACAGGCCUAAAGGGCUUAUUCUAUCAAAAAAAAUCAAUAUCUUUUCAACGUGGUAGAAGACUGGGUAUUUGGAAAUCGCUUCACAGCUGUAACUUUUCCUGUUGCCUGAAUAAGUGCUGGUUUAGCUGAGUAAAAUUAUUAAGUAAGCAAUACUGCGUUUGCCUUUUUCCAAGGAGCUAAAUAUGAGUUGGUCAUAGUAAAAAUGAUUCAAAAAGUCUUUACUUAAUAUUAAUAACAAUAAAAUAUCCAUCUAUCCAUUCUCUUCCACUUAUCCUUAACAGGGUCGCAGGGUUGCUGGGAUAAUCACCUAAGUCACAUUCCUCUGAUUGCAAUGUCGCAUGUCAAGAUUUUAAAAAUGAACUUAAAGAAAUUCAUACUCUGGGAUAAAGUUUAAGUUCUGUAAUUAUACAACACUCCAGGAGCAAACAAGACUUUUUCUGGUUAUCACAGCCCAUUGUUCAUCUUCAGAAUAAGCUCUCUCAUCAUCCUUGGAGUGUGAGUGUUAAAACAGGCAUCAAUCUGGUCUUUGGAGACUACCUCAUUACGCCCAUUGCCAUCAGAGACAGGAGGACUAAUAGGCUUCUGUAAUAUGGGCCCUGAUAUGAGCGACUUCAUCGUUCAUGUAGUUUGACAUCCCCCUACUCCCUUCAUUUCCUUUCCCCAUCUCUAGACUCCAUUCAUUAGUAUGGGACAGUCCAAUUCAUUAACGGAGGCUUCCGGCUUUGUUCAGAGAUGUUGAUCUGAAAAGAAGCCACUUUCUCUCUUUCUCUCCUUCGCAGACCAGUUACUCUUAUUUUCACUUGGAUAGACUGAUAAGUCUGCAUGGAGCCCCCCCAAAACAGAGUGUCUCAUUCAAACACAGCCACACACAUAUAGACUUCACGCAAAGCCAUUGCCACUUCAGUGUAUAAUCAUUUGAGAUUGUGAGUGAGAUCAGGCAGAAAUAUUCUGUCACGAAUCAGCCAGAGCUGACGGAGCUGUGAUAUAUGUGAUCACCAUGUACCUGUGAAUGCUAUAACUCAUUACCCUUUAUCACUUCCACCGCAGGCUGACUGGCUUCCUUUUUCUCACCCAGUCUCUCGUUUCUGUUGGUCUUUGUCAUUUCCAUCACUAUUGUGCUGUCGCUCAGUUUUAAUUCUCAGGCAAACAUUAGUUACCCAAACAGAAAUUAAAUGAAUGUCACUAUAAUGUGCUUCAUAAAAACCUAAUGGCAGGGCCACACGUGUUCUUUUAAUGCUAUUUGUUAUUAAUGUGCAUAUUACUGGUUACUACUCAUUAGUACUUCAAAAUAGCCAUGAAAACCCUACAAAACAUAUAGAAGAUAUGCAUCGAUCUUUAGAUUUACCAGUUUUAUCCAUUGCGAUUAGACUUUCCUUUGUAACCAAGGUUACUAAAGAAUACGUGUGUGGCGGCUCGUUUAUUGGGUGGGGAAAAAAAUUCUACCCAGUCAGGAAGCCAACACAUGAAAUUACUCGUAUUAUCAAAGUUCUUUUUUUUCUCCUUACAUUUUGCACAUGGUGUUACUUACAGCAAAAUGAGUUAAGUGCAGCACAGACAACUGAAUUUAAUUGACUCGCUGGUGGAGAAACCUCCCACGAGGGACAGCUGCAGCUCCUCGUUCUCUGUUUGUCAUUUUGCUGUGGACAAUUUACGAAUCGUUUACUCAGUACAAUUAUUUGCAGAUGAAAUGGGUAAAUGGAAGUUGUGCUUUGUUACGAAGUGGUCUAUUUUCACGCUAACCUUUAUUUAUUUAUUUAUUUUUUAACAAGUUGAAAUUCCUGAGAGCAGACUAAACCAAAACAAAUUAAGAAGCAAACUGCAGAUAACACACUUGAGCUAUUUAGCUCCAAACCCUGGCGAUAUUAAGGACGAAA